AUGCCAGUGCGAAUGUUCUCAUCUGUCGAGACGUUGAAAAUCCCUUGUAGAAGCAAAGGGUUUGUAACGAUCGACAUUCAUCAUCCCGUCGCAGCGCCGUCAGCGAGUCCUUCGGUGGCUAUAUUCUUGCCAAGAGGACCAAUCAUUCACAGCGAAGCAGACGACGCCUCGAACAUUGCGAUACUGAAAUCAACACUCUCUUGUCACAUUGUCAAGAUCAACUAUCGAUGGGGRGCGGAUCAUCUCUUCCCAUCGCCAAUUCAUGACGUCCUUACUGCCUUCGACUGGGUCAGUGAGAAUCUUCUCCCCAAGCGAGCCAUCAUACGAGCAGGCCGAGCGGAACGUGCAGGCCGAAUCGGUGUUUGUGGCGAGCUAAUUGGCGGCCAAUUGGCCACCGCGCUGGCCCUGAGUGAGUGUCAGAUUGGCAAGGCUGGGGUUGUAGCUGCUAUGGUCAGUUCUCCUAUAACCGACUGGACGGAAUUUGAAGACUUGGAAGACUCUGGCAAUCCGAAUACAACCUUGACCAAGCAAGUAUUGCUGAAACAAAGAAAGGCACUGUUCCGCAAAAAUGAGCACUGGUUUGACGUCUUCGCAUCACCAGCGCUACUCUUCCGAUCUGCAGGCGUAGAAGUCCCGACGACCUUCUUGGACCGGCCUUUUGAUGAAAUGAGCGAGCUUGCACAACUGGACCGCGAGGAUUUCUUCCAGGAGCAGCUUUCUCUCAGCAGUGCGUCCUCUUUUGCAGACUACACUCUUCCUCCAGCGGAGCAAGAAGAGCGUGUCAGGAAGCGCAAAGCAUCACGAAGGUUCCCAAGCAGAGCUUUGGGCCUUCGCUUACCGUCCUUCCGCAUCACCACCGGAGAGGAGUCGCCCUUGACUGGUCAAGCCAUGGAGCUUGCACAUUUUUUGAGGCAAAGCCUCGACAGAGUGAGCAACGCUGGUAGCCAUGGCCACGAUGCGGUUGUAAAUCAACCAGUACAAUAUGUGGAGAAGCCUGGCACGGGUCUCUGGGAUCGCUCAAACGCUGGUAGAGCAAGCAUGCUCGAUUCUGCCAACUGGCUCGCACAUUCGCUUUCUCGCUGA